CGACAAAAAAUCGAUCUAGGAAUACCUAUUAUCCGCCCGUAAACGUUGGCACGUUUUUGCUAUUUAAGUGAAAAUUGCUGCAAAUUUUAAUUUUUAACAGCAAUUUCAUCAGUUUAUUCCAUAGAGUGCACGCAACAAUUUAACGGUAUUUUGCAAAUAUGGCUUUAACGUCACGUUUCUACAGUGAAAAAUAUCCCGAAGUGGAAGAUGUUGUCAUGGUCAAUGUCCUCUCCAUUGCCGAAAUGGGUGCCUAUGUGCAUUUGCUGGAAUACAACAACAUUGAGGGCAUGAUUCUGCUCUCGGAAUUGUCCCGCCGUCGUAUUCGUUCCAUAAACAAAUUGAUUCGUGUUGGCAAAACCGAGCCGGUCGUUGUCAUACGUGUGGAUAAAGAGAAAGGUUAUAUUGAUCUGUCAAAACGCCGUGUGUCACCCGAAGAUGUGGAGAAAUGCACAGAACGUUUUGCCAAAGCCAAGGCGGUAGAUCUAUUAUUGCGUCACGUUGCCAAUUUAUUGGGUUACGAGUCGAGUGACCAAUUGGAGGAAUUGUAUCAAAAGACUGCCUGGCAUUUUGAGAAGAAAUACAAUAGCAAAUCGGCUGCCUAUGAUAUCUUCAAACAGUCGGUUGAAGAUCCCACGGUGUUCGAUGAAUGCGAUUUGGAUGAAAAGACAAAGGAGGUGUUGUUGAACAAUGUCAAGCGUAAAUUGGUAUCGCCCACAGUUAAAAUACGUUCAGAUAUUGAGUGUUCCUGUUACGGCUAUGAGGGUAUUGAUGCUGUCAAGGCUUCACUUAAUACCGGUUUGGAAUUGAGCAAUGAAGAAUUGCCCAUACGUAUUAACUUGAUUGCUCCUCCACUCUAUGUUAUGACCACUUCAACCACAAAGAAGGCCGAGGGCCUGAAAAUCUUGGAACAGGCCAUUGAAAACAUCAGAGCCAAAAUCUUGGAAUAUGGUGGCGAAUUUAAGGUUGUUAUGCCACCCAAAUUGGUUACUGCCAUCGAUGAAGCUGAAUUGGCUAGACGCUUGCAAAAGGCUGAGGCCGAAAAUGCUGAGGUGGGUGGUGAUGACGACGAAGAGGAGGAAGAUGACCAGGAGGGCAUGACAUUCGAUCCAGAAAAUGAAUCUAUCAACAAUAAGGGUGGCCGCAACUCAGCCAAGAGCAAUGACGAAGACGAGGAUGAUGAAGAGGAUGAAGAAUAAUAAGCCCCGCGCACUAGUUGAACAAGAAGAUUUUCCUAAAACAAAACAAUAUUUAUUAUAUUGAUGAAAGGGCUUUUAAUUUUUUUACUUCGUGUACAGUUUCCAUAGAUUCUUUUUUAUAUACCAGAACAUCAAGAAAAAAAAACAUGUUUUUUCCAUUCUUGUGCAAAUGU